ACUGUCUGUCACCGGACAGGACUGUGCGAAAGCAGAAACGGAGGGUUGAAUUUUUCCUCCUUGGCUGGGCGGUGGGAGGAGGUGGUGGACGGUGUGUAGGGAGGAUCAACUGUGAUUGAAACCGCCGGAGGGACCAGGAGCUCCGUCUGCUGCUGCUGCUGCUGCUGCUGCUGCUGUGAGCCCAGACAGCAUCAACAUGGAGCUGGAGAAUAUCGUGGCCAACACGGUGCUGCUGAAAGCACGGGAAGGAGGCGGUGGGAACAGAAAAGGAAAAAGCAAGAAAUGGAAGCAGCUGCUGCAGUUCCCCCACAUAAGUUUGUGUGAAGAGCUGCGACAAACCAUUGAAAAGGACUACAGCAGCCUCUGUGAGCGGCAGCCCAUCGGACGGUUACUGUUCAGACAGUUCUGUGAGACUCGACCCGAGCUGAGACGCUGUGUUAAGUUCCUGGAUGCUGUGGCGGAGUACGAAGUGACUCCAGAUGAGAAGAGGAAGGAGUGCGGUCAGGAACUCAUCGACACAUACUUCAAUCCAAAGUCAGAGGACCAUGUGCCUGAGGUGGAGGAGGCCAUGAUGGCUCAGUGCACCGAGAGGCUGCAGGAGGAGGCCUGCAAAGAGCUCUUCAAGGACUGUACCAAAUUGAUCCACGACUACCUGAGCGUGGCGCCCUUCGCAGACUACCUCGACAGCAUGUACUACAACAGGUUCCUCCAGUGGAAAUGGCUUGAGAGCCAACCAGUGACGAAAAAUACAUUCCGACAGUACAGAGUUUUAGGGAAAGGAGGCUUUGGGGAGGUGUGUGCGUGUCAGGUACGGGCCACAGGGAAAAUGUACGCCUGUAAGAAACUGGAGAAGAAGCGGAUAAAGAAGAGGAAAGGAGAGUCCAUGGCGCUCAAUGAGAAACAGAUCCUGGAGAAAGUCAACAGCAGAUUUGUAGUGAGUUUAGCGUACGCCUACGAGACGAAGGACGCUCUGUGCCUUGUGCUGACCCUCAUGAACGGCGGAGACCUGAAGUUCCACAUCUAUCACAUGGGCGAUGCGGGUUUCGACGAGAAGAGAGCCGUGUUCUACUCUGCAGAGAUCUGCUGCGGGCUGGAGGACCUGCACCGAGAACGCAUCGUCUACAGAGACCUAAAACCAGAGAACAUCCUGCUGGACGACCACGGCCACAUCAGGAUAUCAGACCUGGGUUUAGCAGUUCAUGUGCCAGAGGGACAGAGCAUCAAGGGACGGGUGGGAACAGUAGGAUACAUGGCUCCGGAGGUGGUGAAAAACGAGCGCUACACCUUCAGCCCCGACUGGUGGGCGCUGGGCUGCUUGCUGUACGAGAUGAUCGAGGGCCAGUCUCCCUUCCAGCAGAGGAAGAAGAAGAUCAAGAGGGAGGAGGUGGAGCGGCUGGUGAGGGAGGUGGAGGAGGAAUAUUCAAGCAAGUUCUCCGAGGACGCCAAGUCCCUCUGUAAAAUGUUUCUGGCCAAAGAUCCUGCAGAGAGGUUGGGCUGCCAGGGAGGUGGAGCCUCUGAGGUCAAAGCCCAUCCCAUCUUCCGUUCCAUUAACUUCAAACGCCUUGAGGCUGGCAUGCUGCCGGCGCCCUUCAUUCCUGAUCCACAGGCCAUCUACUGUAAAGACGUGCUGGACAUCGAGCAGUUCUCCACAGUGAAAGGAGUGGAGCUGGAGCCGAAAGACGAGUCUUUCUACAGCAAAGUGUCCACAGGCAGCGUCUCCAUUCCCUGGCAGAAUGAGAUGAUCGAGACCGAGUGCUUUGCAGAGCUGAAUAUUUUCCACCAGGACGGGACGGUUCCUCCUGACCUGGACUGGAGAGGACAGCCGUCUCCACCACCCAAACAGGGACUCCUGCAGCGGCUGUUUGGACGGCAGGAAUGCUGUGGUAACUGCAGUGACAGUGAUGAGGAACCCACCAGGCUGUGACACACACACACACACACACACACACACACACACACACACACACACGAUCUCAUUUGUUUACAACUUUUGCACAUUUGUAUUUUUAAGAUAGUACUAUCUCUAAAUGUCAGAAUGUAUAUUUUCAGCAUAGCCAUAAUGUUUUAAUGUUAUUUAAAAAGUUGUGAAAUGUCGUCUGUCGACACGUUCCAAACGAGGAGACGGAACUUACAGAAGAUGAACAUUUGUUUCUUUCAUUUGCUUUUGUUUAUUUUGUUUUGUUUGUUUUUUUUGUCAUUUUGCUUUCACACACAUCCACUUAACACACGUCCAUGUAACUGAUGUGGGAGCUGCUGCCGACCGCUGAGCAGCUCCACUGGAACAAUCACCUGCUGUAAAAGUGCCUUGCUGGAGGACACUGUGACAGUGGUUACUAAGGGAGGACUGAACAUUCCUCGAUCUCUUUACUUUUCCCCUACUUUGUCCAGGGAAUCAAACCAGUGACUUUCAGCUCAUGAACUGUGACCACUUUUCCUCUCUUGCUCUAUAUUCUGCUGUGACCAACCUCUUUCUUUUAAAAGUGUGAUUUUAAUUUUGCUGUAGGACAUUAUGGUUUUAAAGGGUGAUGCCAGAACCAUGAAGUUGUCUACAUCUGCAGAUUUUAUUAAUAGUAUUAUUAUUUUUGUUUAAUUUUUGGAUUAUGGAUUUCUUGAGACAAUCGACUCGUUGUGUCAGUGCGGCUCCAGUUACUCUUGUCAGCUCUGUAAAGAUUGUGUUAUUUUAGAUUAAACUGUUGUGUGGUCACAUUUUACGGAUACUUUACUGUCAGAUUAUGCUGACAGUUAUAAGUUGCUUUUACUAACAUGCUUGUGGCUUUUCGUCAGCUCCAAAAACUUUACCAUGAUAAAAAAAACAAAAAACAAAAAAACAAACAAACAAAAAAAAAACAUCCCAUUUCUGGUCCGCAGUAAACAGCUCACACAUUAUGUUAACGCCGCAGUUCUUUAACUGGAAUAGACCAAAUCACAAUGUUUGUUGACGAUAACCCCAGUGUCAGGCACAUAAAGUCAAACACCGCUUAGCAAACGCUGCCUCACUUGGUUAGUUUUUAGCCACUUAAGAGAAGAUCCAACUAAAAAAUUCAAUAUCAGUUGAAGUAUACGGUAUGUUAAGAAUACUUUCACCACUUUAUGUUACAUCAUACAGCCCUUUCUGACGGGGAACUGAAGCUGUUAUCUCAAAGCCACCAGACACCAUUCAUAAAAACAGUCAUUUUAGAACAAGGAAGUUUCUGCUCCACUGCUUCCUCUAUCAGUAGUUAGUGUGCAAGGUAAAGCAGUGAAAAUAUUCCAAAUAUAGAGUGCACUUAAUGUUGAUUUUUUUUUUCCUGGUGGGUCUUUUGAGGUGGCUAAAUUAUGUUUUGCUGGGGCUCCUGUCCACAGUGUGCUUGCUUAGCUGGUAGACUUGGUUAAUCAAAGAUGACAGCAAAGCAGCAAAGUACAUAAAAUUAGCACAGCAGAAAUGUCAUAGAGGUCGGACCACUUGGUUUGAAUAUGUAUCUUUAAGUGUUACAGUUAUGGCUGAAUAUCUACUCUAUUCAAAACAAUACAGUGGCCUCCACAGAAGCGUUUGUGUGACAUCACAGUGAUUCGGUCCAUAAAAGCGGUUCUAGUACUCCGAACCAGCAGCCUGCAACACACACACACACACACACACACACACACACACUUGGCAAAAAUAUGACAAUAUUUGUCUUAAAGGGCCGGUGUGUAAAAUGGGUUGAAAACAUUGACAUGUAGCGUUUAGAUUCUAGAUUGCAGCGCUCACUCGCUUGCCUGUGCUCACCCCUCCCGUCGGCUGAAUUGCUUCUUAUUUUAUUAAUCAGUCUACAAAACAACGCGUUUCGCCCAUGGCUUCAUCAGGUUUGUUACACAGUCAACAGCACAGGUGAUUUGAAAUAGGCUGCAGCUGUACUGAAUCCAAUCAGCAGGGUACACAGGAGUAACGUUACUGCUAUCCUAUUGUCUGUUAUGCCUUUGACAUAAGACUAAAAUUUUCACAAGUGUUUUACAGUAAUUGCUCUACCUGGAGAUGAUGUAACGUUACAAACUCUCCUCCUCACUCCCUACUUGUCGAGUCCGACACGUAACGCUAUUAUACUACGUGCUGACAAAUAGUAGCAUUUAUUUUAGUAGUUUACCUGUCCAAUAGGAAACAUGCCACUUCAGCAUCGGAUUGAAGCCCUUUGUCCUUCAUGAACCCCCUCCAUCGCUGAAAAACAUCACAGGUGUUUAUUCUUUGCCGCCGCUUGUCCCGUUUUCUUUGCCCCUCUUUGCGUCUUCUUUUCCUCGCAGAUGACGGUUCGGGUUCAUUCUCUCCUGUUGCGUGGUAAGUGUGGUCCAUUCGCAAACUUUAUAACUAAAAAAACUUUUCGCUACUCUCUAUCGACGAACUACUAACACUCUCUGCUGUUUCCUCCUCCUUCUUCCUUCCUUCCGCUGUCUUCGUUGGUUCAUUUAUACACGUGAAACGCGUUCUCUGGCUGGCUGGAUUGUCCGCUCAGUCUGCCGUACAUACAUGGCGGCGCAAGAUGGAAACCUCUCUAAAGCAAGGCCCUUGCUAUAUAUAUAUAAAAGCAUAAUUAUAGGGCUACGAAAACCAAAUGAAUUUUAUUUUAUAGCGAUUAUACACUUGUAUAAACAUAUUAAUGGGUAAAAUAUUCAGAUUCAGAUUUGACAAUAAACCAUGCCAAAUAUUACACACUGGCCCUUUAAAUGGUCCCUAUGUCCAAACAAAUUCUUCGAAAGGUUUCUAAAAAACGAUCAAGAAGUCAAAGUUAUGAGACAGUUUCUUGAGUGUAGUUAGUUUUGUUAAGUAAAAAAGCAGUUUUUGAUGAUUUUUUUCUGAGGAAUUUUAUUGAAAGAACUGCUUCAUUUAAACUCAAAGAACCAUCCAUUCAUUUUUUUCAGUAUUGUUGGAAGCUUUAUGCUUUAUUCCGUCUAUAUAUUUUCUGUAGCAUUUCAAGUCUUUGCGUGUUCAGUUGACCUGCAAAACUUGUGACUGAAAUCCCUCAAGUGUCAGAGCAUUUAGUGGCAACUUGUGGUUAUAUACGUUUACUUAUUACAGUUUGUAAGUGAAUCACACAGGUUUGUUUUACCACUUGUCUCUCAGGGUUUCUUUAGGAUUUAUUCCUUUUUGCGAUUUUAUCCCCUGCCCUUCCUCGUCUUUUUUUUUUUUGUUUCCACUUUACUUCAUACGUGUGGCAGUAACAAUGCAAGAAUAAAAGUCCAAAGUUUUGCCCGUCCAGAUUUGUCACAUGCCGCAUCCUGAGCUGAUCACAUGACUAAAGUCACACUGAAGCGACGACAAGAGUAACUGAAGCUUUUGGGUCAAAUCCUGAGACUGAAGCAGGUGUGUUCAUCACCGCAGUGAAAUGCCUCAGCUGGUACUGUUGCAGUCAACAGCUUCCUCAAAGAAUAUGGCCUCUGAGUUUAAGCUAUUAAAAUGAAAUACCUCUGAAUGUACAAACGGCUGUCAUGUUAUUUCUGACAUCUGAGAAGACCAGACACCAAGUUUUUUUCCUUCUGUUAAAUAUGAUAUUGAAUCACACAAACAUGAAUUCCUAAAUGUGUGGGAUUCACCUUUGGUUGUUCUACAUGUCCGUCCUCUCUGUGUCCUCCAAAAUGAACCAAAAUUGAAGUUCAGGCUUCAUUUAUCAAAGCUGAAGCAAACAGUGAGGUUGUAUUAUGAGUUAUAAAUGAUGGCAAACAUCAUUUUAAAGGGUCACUUCACCCAAUUUAUAAAGAAACAACAUGUUUUCCCAGUUGCCUCAAGUGGUGUCCAGCCAUGCAGAUAGUUUUUUUAUUAGCUCAGGUUUUGAAAUAUAGACAAGUGUGACAACUGUUCUUCCUCUGUUUUUUUUAUCCUGGAUCUUAUUUAAGUGUGAACAUGUGAUAGCUCAGUAUUCCAGCAUACAUUUUUAUCGACCAAAAGGACUCUCAAAACUCGCCAAAUGAAACCAGAACUGUUUGCCUGGCUGGAUGCUGCUACAUGGCAGAUGAGAAAAGUACAAUUUGGUGUAAUUUGAGUGAACUUACCCUUUAAUAAAGUCCAGGGCCGCAACGUACGAUUGUUUUCAUCUGCUGAUUAUUUCCAAUUGUAAUGGCGUAUAAAUGAAAUUAUAAUUUUUCACAGCCAAAAUAGUCCAGAAUCUAAAAAUAGAUAGUAUACUUACUUGUGUGAUAAAGAAAAGCGUCAAAUAGUUGCCAAUUAACUUUCUGUCGAUCAACCUAUCAAGAUUUUGUUACGGCUCUAAUACUGUGUGUUGAAAAACAGGUUAAAGGGAAAUUUCGGUUUAUUUCAACCUGUCUCCUAUGGUCCUAAAUUUGUUUCAAGUGACUAGUGACAUAAAAAUAAUAGUUAGCAUGUUAGCCGUUAGCCUAGAUACAGCCGGGGCGCAUAGUAGCGUCAGACCUGUUAAAACGUAAGUGAACGGGCAACCUUCAAGUGCAAAGUUAGUCCACUAAACAAGCUUUUUUUCCACAAAGACCGCCUCAUAUCGUUAGGAUAAAUGUCAGAGAACAUAUAGAAAACCACAUGUAAACGUGUUGUCUUACCUUACCAGUGUGCUGCCAUGUUUGUUUACCAUUUAGCUCUGCUUUCCAAAGCACAGCCAAAAUAUCGCGAGAACAAGCAGCGAUCUCAUACCGUGCCUGAAAUCUCGCGAGAACAAGCAGCAACAGCUGGAAGGCAGAACCGGACAGUAGCCUGAAAAGUUCAUUCAUUUAUUUUAUGAAAGAUUUAUAGAACAAUGGCUGACUUUUUGCCAGACUUCGACUUUGUGGAGGAGGAAUUUGAUUUUGCAGAGUUUGAUGGCCGCCCUUAUUUAUUUGAGCCAGAAUACACUGACGAAGAGCUUCGUGAAAUUGAAGAACGGAGGAGGAGAGAGAGAGGCGCAACAGGUAGAGGACGAGAGAGGAGGAAUGGCUGCUGCAAGGCUGCGUAGCUCUGGAGAUUGGUGGUGUACCUGUGAAUGCUGUGCCCCAGUGCCCACAGAAGAGGAAUGCCUCUGUUGCAAGGAAUGGGACCGGUUGCAGCCUUAUUUUCAAGGUCUGGAUGUGACCGAGGACGAGACACCUCCACCUGGAGUAGUAUCCAGCUGGGCUUUAUCUAGAGCUCGCCAGAUAUAUUUCGGCCGCGCUUUGGAAAGCAGAGGUAGAUGGUAAACAAACAUGGCAGCACACCGGUAAGGUAAGACAACACGUUUACAUGUCGUUUUCUACAUGUUCUCUGACAUUUAUCCUAACGAUAUGAGGCGGUCUUUGUGGAAAAAAAGCUUGUUUAGUGGACUAACUUUGCACUUGAAGGUUGCCCGUUCACUUACGUUUUAACAGGUCUGACGCUACUAUGCGCCCCGGCUGUAUCUAGGCUAACGGCUAACAUGCUAACUAUUAUUUUUAUGUCACUAGUCACUUGAAACAAAUUUAGGACGAUAGGAGACAGGUUGAAAUAAACCGAAAUUUCCCUUUAAGUAAAUCCACCAUCUGUCUCAUUUUUAUGAAUUUUGGUGACAAAAUGGGUCUUUUGAUGAGCGUGUGAGGAGACUAUGUUCAAGUUUCUUUGUAUUAAUCAGACUGAAAACCUCCUGCUGUCUGCCUUUUGUUUAGCCACAAAGCUCUUGAUGAGUUUUUUUUCUUUAUUGAAGCACUUAACCAGUUAGUUAAAACCAGUUGUCCAUAGAAGAUCAAAGAUGACAAUGUCCUUCCCAUCCAAGGUGCCUUUUGGUGUUUGAAGGUACUCCUCCAGCCUGUAGUCGCCUCUUUUUAUACAUGCUGUAUGUGUCUGUACAUGUGAAGCCUGCUGCUGCGUCAGCGCCAGUUCAUUUCCUGUCUGUGGUACCUCGCGUGUUCGUCCUCAGAACCAUCACUCUGGAGUCUCUUUGUGGAAACGAGGAUGAUGAGACUGAAAGAAUCCCUGCACUUACUGUACAGACUGCCGUCGACUCUGCCCUCCCUGACCUCUGAACUCUGGAGUCUGCAGUGAUUUUAUAAAAGACUGAGAGGUCAAAGGGGAACGUUGGGAGUCAGAAGAGCUUGAUAACAUCCUCCAUGGACGUUUAAAUCAGGACUCAACUGCUGUGCUGUGUCACUCUGCUGUCAGAUAACCUCUGUCCUUUAUGUUUCCUUUGUGUUAAGGAUGCACUGUAAUCUGCCUUAAAGGAUAAUUCCACUUUAUUACAACUUGGGUCUUAUUUUUGUAGUUUUGUUCAUCAUUCUUAUCAGUAACAUUAACAUUGUAUUUACAAAGUCCAUUGCUAUACUAAAUGAUAUAUUUAUCAUGCCAUGUGUUUUAAUCAAGAUGAGGGAGGCUGUGGCUGCCUCUGAACGAGGAGCUAGUGAUAAUAUUGUCAAAUAAGCCUAAAAUGUUUUUGUAUAAACGCUCCAAAUGUUUCCAA